AUGGAAAAUUGGAAAGAUUGGUUUCCAGAUGAAACUAAUGAUGGAAUUGAUAGGUUCCUUCAGCUGAAAAAGCUUGUUGUAAAGCGGUGCCCCAUGUUGAAGGGUAAAUUACCAAAGAACCUUCCUUCAUUAAAAGACCUUGAGGUUUGGGGAUGUGAGCAGCUGACAGUUUCAAUUCCCAGCAACCAAAUGCUCUGCUCGUUAAUCAUCCGUUACUGUGCAGAGGUGGUUUGUGAAAAUCAUGCCCACUUGAAGUCGCUAAAGUCCAUUAAUGUUUCUGGUAUUCGAAAAUUCAGGUAUCAACCAGAAAGAUUCAUGCAAGGAUUGACAAGAGAACAAGAUUUGGUGGUUCCUGGUGGCAAUGGGAUGACUGCUUUGCUGCAGGAUAAAUUUUGUCUGCUCACUUCUCUUUGUAAAUUAGAAAUUAAAGGCAGUUCCCUGCGCCAUCUUACACUGGUUGCUGUUCCUGGUUGCAGUGGGAUGACUUCUUUGCUGCAGAAUGAAUUAUGUCAGCUCGCUUCUCUUUGUCAACUACAAAUUAAUGACAGCUUCCUGCUGUAUCUUAAACUGGACUUGGAAGAAACAGAACAGGUACAAAUCCGGAUACCUACCAAACUGGAGACUCUGCAUCUAUCGUCGUGUGAUAAUCUUUUGAAGGUACCAGAAGGAUUGCACCUAACAUUCCUUAAAGAGCUACACAUAGUUUCCUGCCCAAGUCUCACGUCUUUUUCAGAGUCCAGUUUGCCGUCUUCUCUCAGAGUUUUGUAUAUUCAAGAUUGCAAAAAUUUGAAAUCAGUACUGGUACUAGAGGAGUACAGCAGCACCAACAGAAGUUGCACACUUAAUUAUCUGGAGUCAUUGACCAUAGAACGGUGUUGUCCUUUCAAAUCCAUAUCAUCGGCCAAGUUACCACACACACUUAGACAGCUUAAGUUGUGGGAUUGUCCCAGUUUAAUUUGCUUAUCAUCUUCGGGGGAGCUACCUGAGGCGCUUGAAGUCCUCCGUAUUUGGAAAUGCGAUCGUCUUACAUCCUUAUCCUCGGAUGACAAAUUGCCCAAAGCCCUAAAACAUCUUCAAAUAAGUCGUUGUGGAGAGCUGAAGUGGAUAACAAAUAGGUUCUACGACAACGCUUGUCUUCAAUCUCUUUCCAUUUGGAAUUGCAAAAACCUUACAUCCUUACCUGAAGGCCUCCACCAUCUCACCAACCUUUGUAAAGUAAUUAUAUACUUUUGUGAAAAUCUAGUUUCCUUCCUGGAAGGAGGGUUGCCCGCUUCAAACCUCAGAGACCUUGAUGCUCCGGUUACCAUUUUGAAUAAUAUGGUAGCCCAUCCCAGAGGCAUGCAAGGUUUUCCACCAAAUUUAACCUCGCUUACCAUUGGGAAUCUCGAGGUGGGUAAGCCACUCUUCCAGCGGGGAUUAUUGCAUACACUGACCUCUCUUAGAGAGCUUUAUUUGAAUGGUAAAGCUACAGAUAUGGUGUCCUUUCCACCUGAAGAUGAAAAAGAAAAACAGCAUGAGAAGGAUGGGAGGAAGGGGAUGAUGAUGAUGAUGAUGAUGUUACCAAAGACUCUCAUCACCCUCUCGAUUUCAGGUUUCGAGAACCUCGAGAAGUUAUCCGCCGGUUUACAAUGCCUCACCUCUCUUCAACAUCUUUGUAUCUCAGACUGCAAAAAGCUGAAAUCUUUACCAAAGGGGGGUCUGCCUCUUUCACUUUUGAAACUUCUAAUCCAAGACUGCCAACUGCUACAAAAAAAAUGCAAAAGGGAUACAGGUCCAUUCUGGCCCCACAUUGCUCAUAUUCCUUGGUUGGAAACAGAGAGGUGGAUUCAAUUACUGUACAAGUAUCUUGUGGUAUUUUAUACUACGUGGUUCCCAACUUGAACUACUUUGGAAUGAAGCCCAGCCUUCUCAUUGCUUGCAACACACGCAACAUAAUCACUCAUUAUCUCUAAAGAAAUAUAUAUAAAUCCCAAAAAUUUUAUGAAAAUGGGGAAAAGAUUUAUUGCAUUGAUAAAUUAAUUACCAUAAUCGAUUUUUAAAAAUACUAUUAUUAUUAUUAUUUUUUAUGAAGUGGGGGUUCUAUUUGAUUGGAGGUGCAACUCUUUUUUACUAUGAUUUUGUUUUUCCUUUGAGGGUUCUAUUUGAUUUGGGAUGUAACUCUUUUUAUUUUUUUAUUUUUUUAUUUUUUAUUUUUCUUUUUCUUUUCUCUCUCCCAACUCUUUUUAUGAAGCAUUACCAUCAAUUUAUUUAUUUAUUUCUGUUUGGUUCUUUAAAGUUAUGGCAGCUGCAGCUGAAACAAACUACAAACUGAUGGAGGAGACACGCAGCUAUAUGAACGCUGCUUUCCACACUUGGAUUCCUAUUAUUAUAACAUUGUGGAGCCAUCCGAAGGUGCGAGUGUAAAACUCAAGUAAAUUAUCAAAGUUAAUUGGCAACAUGGAUGAGCGCGGACAUGUGUCGUGUACUAUAUGACAUUCAAAACACUGGCUGGAGAUGGAGAUCGUGAAGCACAAAUAGCUUUUUACGAUGCUAAAGUGAGUACACCCAGACCCUGUUGGUUUUUGAGGCGGUUUUGAGGUAAUUUCAGUUUUUUUAUUUUUCAUUUUUCCUAUCCAACAAUAAUUACUAUUAUUUACUGUUUUCUCUCUCUCUUUUGACACCUGCAUGUGGAAUUACUACUACCUCUUUUCAUAUGUGGUUGUUCUUUCUUUUUCGGGCAUCUUAUUGCUGUCUCUUAUCUAUCUGAAAAUAAUAAUAAUAAUAAUAAUAAUAUUGUUGUCUAGAAUAUAUUGUGAAUUUGAUUGGAUUGGCUUGUAAAAAUGGUGAUUUAAUUUGGAUUAUCUACAGUUAUCUACAUAUGCUUCUUUUACUGUUUUAUGUGGAAUUUCGUGGUUUGUAAAUGCAAAAUGAGUUUAUGUAUAUUGGCCUGUCACACUGUUUUUCGUUCUAUAUCUUUAGUUAUUUGUUGAUAGAUUUGGAAUCAAACCCUGAUUCAUCCACCAAGAAGGAGUGCACAAAGGUUACUUUUUUUUUUCUUUUCUUUUUUUCCCUUUUUUAUUUUGUUCUGUUUUUUGUUUUUUGUUUUUUUUGUUAUUUCAACAAGCAUUCUUUUCUUUUGGUCAUUCUUGCUGUAAUUCAGGAAGUAUAAAUUUAGACACUGAAUUGCUAACCCUACCACUUGUAUCUUUGCAGUGAUCCAGAUGGUCAUGGUGGAACAGCUGGGCGUGAUGCAACCUGAGGAGGGUAAGAGAACUGACAUAAAGAAACUACUGGCAUUAAUUGUUUUUGGGAAGAUUACUUGGUCCAUUACGAAAAGAAAAGUCAUAUCCUCAGAUUAAUUCCAAGAAAAUCAGACUUACUUGAAUAUUGGAAGGUGAUGAGUGUUGUGGAAUAAAAAAAAAAAAAAAAUGUGGGAUUUGGUUGCUAUAUGAUCAAGAAGAAUGUGCAAAGAAAUUGAAUGUUGUUAAGGAACAGAAAGUGGAACAAGUAUUCCUAGGACAUUAGUAAGAGAAGAUUUUAGCUUUAGUGAAGGUUUUAAUUGAAAGGAAAUCAAGCUUAUUCCUUGACUGCUUUCAAUAUAAGCUGGGUUUAUAUUUU